CAGAAAUACAUUGGCAGCCAGCUGUAGACCACACGAAACUCUUGCAAUGGCCGUGCUCAUGCGAAGCCAACUUUUGGCUGCAAGGUCAUGCAGUGGCAGCUGUCCAGAGGCCAACGCGCUUCCGAAGACACGAUGCGUGUCCGGCCUUCUGCAGUCCCCUUGCACUCUGGCAGAGCACACAGAGCCCAAGCCUCUACCUCCCGCACCGGCGGGCUAUGCGGUAGAAACCACGGAUGUGGAGCAUGCGGAUCAUGUCAAGGAUGAGAUGCACACUCCACGAGAUGCAACACGUGGAAGGCAGAAUGGAGUAGACAGAGGCUGCGUGGAGACUCCCGAAAAGCCAAGGUUCCCAAAGAGCAGACAGAUGGAUGCAAGGGACACCUUCAGUCACGAGAAGAUCUGGAAAAUUCCUGCCUUGAACCUCAACGCUGAUGCAAAUGAGUUCAUCCCUGGGUCCUUUGCAUCCUUGCUGCCUGCAAUUCUACCGUCGGUCCCAACUAAUCCUUGCAUUCCAUCUCCUGUCCCUCCUGGACUGGAGAUGUGCGGAUUGAAUGGAAUGGGACCAGCAUGGGACGACAUGACAACGCAAUUUGGAAUGGAAAGUGGUUGGGAGCAGUCCACUUUGUCAACUCAUUUGUCCUCCUUCCCUACAUCUGAGGCCUCUCCAAAAGACUUGGUUGACGACGGUGAAGAAAGCCAGAGUGAAAAUCGCAUGCUCAAGCUCGCCUCAUGUUUGCUGCGAUUUCUUAUGCAAGCUCCUGUUUUGGAGACAUCAGACUUGAUGAAGAUCAUUGAGACUCAAUUGGGUGAAGCCGAAGAUUCAGGCCCCUGGUGUCAGAGGGAUUUGAAGACGGUAUCGUUCACCUACAAGGAUCUGGCCCUCCUGGACGCAAGGCUUGCUGCACUGCUGCACAAGCUUUCCCCAGAGCUUUUGGCGAGGCUUCCAAGGCAGCUAAAUCUUGACUGGGACCCUACAGGCAUGUCUUGGAGCUUCAAGGAACCACCUGAAUUGCGUCGGCUCAUUGCCAAAAAGAACAAGAACCCAACUUUGGGUCAGUUCAGCAUCACGUUCUUGUCGCACGCAAGUGGAUGUGUGCCCAUGCAUUUAGAUAGGAUGUUGAAGUUCAAGCGUGCCGGUAUAGCAUGCCUGCAGGGCCUAGAUUCAAGCACCCCGGACCUGGCUUCUGGUAUAAUUGGAAAAGGCUAUGGCAAAUGCUGUGGGAAGGGACCUUCCGGAGCCAACACUAUCAUGUGGGACCGAAGCUACUGGGCAUUUUGUGCAAGUCAUGAGUGUGAUGCGGGAUUGGCAGUCGAUCUGAUAUCAGCGGAUCAAGCUAUCCGUAUUGCUUGCUGGCGGCCUAGGCUUGAGCACAGCUUCGAUGGUAGCUCAGAAGCUUUUGGCCACUUCCUCCUCUCAGAAAAUGUGAAUCUGGUGGUUUGUGCAGACUUGUCUCUCGUCGGGGGCACUUCGUCUGCGGGACUUGUGCCGGCACUUCUGGGUUUGCAGUCUGCCAUGUUUGAGAUCCUUGGUCAUGAAGUUUUGACUCCGAAGCCGGUCUUGGGUGAUUCUGAUGACUUCCAUGCCUUGUGGGAUCCAUGUGGCAUCUUUUUCCGCGGUGUAGAACCUACGACAGCUCUAUCUGGCUACACUGAAGGAUACCUUUCCAAAAUGUUCGAAGGCAGCAGCGAUUUGUCCAGCAACUUCCCGGAUGGAAAGCCAGUUCUGUUCGCGGAGUUUGGCGCCGGCUUGUCUCGAGACCCGGAUCUCAAGAAGUGAAUCUGUUGGGACGGAAGGGUCGGAAUUCAAAGAUAGAUUAUAGAACUCAAUAGACUUCUUUUCACUCCAGCACCGUGUAGCAAAUAUUGCUGCAUGGUCCCCUCCAGGACCAGGUGCUCCCAAAUUUGCAAUGUAAUCGCAGGAUUAAUUGCUGAUGAGACACACGUCUUAGACUAUAAUCAUGAAAUUGUCAUGAAAGCACAGAAAACAUGGCAUAGACAGUAGGCGAAACCGCGGUUUCACGUGGAGGAAUCCGCAACCUGCCGCUGAGGGUAGGGCCAGUGUCUUACAAUUUCUGAGCAGAUUACAAG